AUGGCACAUAAAAAAGGUAGUGGAAGUACUAAGAAUGGACGUGAUUCUAAUUCUAAAAGAUUAGGUAUCAAAAAAUAUGGAGGCCAUAUAGUUAGAGUAGGUCAAAUAUUAGUACGUCAACGAGGUAGUGAAUUUAAAGCUGGCAACAAUGUUAAACAAGGAAAAGAUUAUACUUUAUUUGCUAUAGCAGACGGAGUGGUCAAAUUUGAAAGAACUAAUAAAAAAAAUAAAAAAAUUAGUGUAUAUUCAACAUAA